AUGGUGAAUCGCGAAGUGGAUACAGGUCGAGUUAUCGAUGAGGUACGCCUGAGGAAGAAAUUGUGGGAUGCAUCCGAUCCACUCUACAAAAACAAAGAUGCAAGAAACAAAGCCUGGGAGGACAUAGUGGACACAUUGUUCGAAAAUAUUUCAGGAGAAGAAAAACAACAACUUGGACAAAAGCUGGAGUUUGCAACAGAUCAUAUAGCUCAAAUAGCUCUUACUCCAAUGACGCAAGGUCUACACUCGGCACGUAUGCAUCAACAUACAAUUAUCAGACUCCAGCUUACCCAGGGUACGAAACCAAUGAUGCGAAUCCAGGUUAACGGAUCUACAUGCAGCGAGCAACAUAAUCCUAGAAGUAGCGAGCAAGAUAUCUCUAUGGCUUCCACUUCAGAGGGUGAAUCUAUUUCGGUACCAAGGGGGGAACAACGUCAAAGUACCUCCAGUAAAAAUGUGUCACAGCGGAAAGGAAUAUUUCGUGCGAUUGGAGAACCAAAAAAAUUACAAGAAGCUGUCAAUAGGGAUGUACCCGAAAAAGAAGACAGAUUCGAUGUGUUUGCAAGGAACGUAGCAGUGCAGUUAAGAGAAUUAUCAUUCGAGAGAAAAAACAUCGCAAAGAAAGUAAAGCUGCUUGAAACCGAUGUAAACCACCUCAAAUACGUGUUGCUUUCAACUUCUCGAAUAGCAUCUGCGCCAUUUGAUGACAUUAUUUGCGAAAUACAGGAAAGAAAUGAGUUAAACACCCAAAUAUUAUUUUUGAAGAAAGGGGCUAUACUAUCUGUUUUUCCUUGGAAUACGCAACCAAUUUCCGAGAACACAAAGGCUAGGGAAGAACGAUUAGUAAACCGCAACCUCAAGAAAAGACAGCUUUUUGACAUGCCUUCAAGUACACAACAUUGUGAAGAUGAUAUAUUGCCACCAGAAGGAGAUAUUCAUAUAAGUUGGGAGUCUGGGCAAGCAAGGUUGAGAUCUAUGUUGGAAGCUGGUAUGUCGGAUAGUGAAGACGACGUUGCAGUCGAAAGUGAUGCCAGCAUUGAUGAUGAUUAUGUACAAGAAUCUGAUCACGAUUCAAUGUCAGAGCAGAAUGCUUCAUCAAGAAUCCUCAGUUCUUUUAAAAAAGUUUAA